AAUGCAAAAUCAUUCUAAUUCUUUUGGAACCCUAAAAUUAAAACAACAUGAAACUGAGAAUGGAGUAUCAAGUUUUAAGAAAAAUUGUAAUCUUGAGUUUAGUGGUUGUGGCAGUGAUGAUGAUAAUGAAGGGUGUGAAAGGAGAAGUGUAUUAUGUGGGAGGAGGGAAACAGGCAUGGCAUCCUAAUCUCAAUUUCUCUGACUGGUCCAGUCGUCAUCACUUUUAUGUUGGUGAUUGGCUCUUUUUUGGAUUUGACAAGAGAAUGCACAAUGUUCUGGAGGUGAACAAGACAAGCUACGAAAACUGCAAUGAUGUAGGCUUCAUAAAGAAUUUCACAAGGGGUGGGCGAGAUGUGGUUAAACUGACUGAGCCAAAGACAUAUUACUUCCUCAGCAGUGGAGGGUAUUGCUUUGGAGGAAUGAAAGUUGCUGUCAAUGUUGACAAUAUUUCACCCACUUCACCACCUGCUUCAUCACUCAACUUUGCUUCCCCAUCUAAAUAUUUUUGUGGCCAAAUUGUUAUGCCUGUUACUUUUGUGAGUGUUUUAUUAGGUUGCAUCUUCUUCUUCUAAAACUUUGUCGAAAUUCGUUGAAGGCAUCCUAGGUUUUAGCAACUGAUUGUUAAAAGGAUGCUGUUCUGCGGAUAUGGUUUAAUUUUUUUUUUCUUUUCUGUUAUUAAAUUUUGAAUAUAAAAGUGACUAAUCAGAUACUUAAUUUUUA